AUGGGACUCUUUGACUGGUUCCCUUUCAUUCGCAGGAAGGGGUACAACCCUGUCUUGCUGUACCACACCAUACUCGCCAGCAUCACAACUACCGGACGACGCCGUUUUGAUGUCCUCGGAACUAGUUUUCGCACCAUCGGUUAUGCCUACUCCAGUCAUCCUCAGGACGUCGCCAACAGAAUGCUUCAAAAGGAAGUGGAACGAUUCGGGAAUCAUCUCAAUAUGACGCUGUACCUCGAUGGUCCACAGCCAGUAGAGAAGGCGAGUACGGCUCAAGUUCGAGAAGCGGCCCGAAUGAAGGCGUUGGACCAUCUUUCGACAGGCGUGGAAACUUUCGAAACCCGAAUGGAGGCGGAUCUCAGGAUCAGAAAACAGCACUUUAUCGCCAUCCGGAAGAGCCUUGUUUCGGCGUUCUAUUGGUCCUUGCCAAGUCGGCAACACUUUGCGGAGUACAUGAGAGGUGUCGGCUGGACUGUUAUACUUUGCAAUACGGAGGCAGAUGUUGCUAUCGCGCGGGAUGCCCAGCCGGAAGACAUUGUAAUCUCCUCGGACAGCGACAUGAUGGCCUAUGCAUCUGUCCAAACACUUUGGCGGCCUGUCUCCCAGGGUCUCAUUCUUGUCUACUCUAUGCCGGACGUCCUCAAGACUAUCGAAUUCAGCAGGAACCAGCUAACUGCACUGGCCAUCGUCUCUAGAAAUGACUACCAAAGGAACAUUUACGCCCUUGGUCCGGCAUCCAACUAUUCCAUCAUCAAGGCCAUUGGACACAGAUCAGUUGUUCGAGACAUCGUGUCGGCGUACCUACGGGAUGGCAAAGUCGUAACAAGGAACACGCAGCAGGAAACCUUUGAGGCCUCCAUGCGAGUGUUUAUCGACCAGCUGCAGACCCGGAUCGAACCUGUGGUUUUUCAGAUGCCCUCUCAGGUUGUCUUUGAUGCGUGCCGGCAGCGUUUCGAGGAUCUCAUGCAGAGAUACAAUCUCAGGAAGCAGACUCGAGGAACUAUAUCUAGGUCCCCCCAGGAGAACAUCGUUCGAGUGCGGAAGCCUCAGUCUUUCAAUCGGUACAGAACUGUGGAGUCACCCAUUCUGGUCUCAGAAUCACCCCCGCCACAAGCAGCCCCUGUCCCACAGGGACACGACACACCCUCCAUUACAGCACAACAAGACGACGGUCAUCCAGCUCUCAACAGGACCAGAAUACCCCGGAACCGAGCCCGAUUCUCGUUCAAAGAAAGAACCAGGAAAACGGUACAUGAUCCUCCGCCGAAAAUGAAGCAGUUUGUUCUAAAACACUACAAGGAACAUCCUACAACAACCACCAAUCAGCCCUCCGACAACAAAUCCAAGGCCAAAGCGGAAAAGGACUCCACUAUCACCAAGAAGCCACGAGGUACAAAGGGCAAGAACGGACUUGUGCGUUCUAUGGCAUGGUACCAUCCAACAGUGACACUCGAGACUGGAACGCUGGCCGCCAACACCAAGAGGGUUUUUACCCCAUCGUCCACGCCUGCCUCCUCCAAGCCAACCACAGCAACGCCCGCACCUUCGACGCCCGUCUUGGACCGCCCUGAUCUACAGCGGCUCGUGGUGGAGUGUCUUCAGGAGGCUCCUCGUCUUUCAGCUGGUGUCAAACGGGAGGCCCAGCGACUCGUAGGUCAGUUUGUCGAGACCAUGAACAAGGAGAUGGAUGCUGCCGAAUUGAGGUUCAUAAACAAGCUUCGGUCCACUACGGAGUCUAUCACCGAGGCAGAUCUGGUCAGGAAGCUGGCCGAGGCUAGGAGAGAUGCCAUAUCGGAUGACGAGCGCAGGAUUCUUGACCACCUCUGCGAACGUAUCAAGCCCGAAGAGGACAAUGGCGAGAAUGAGGGUGAUCGCGAGACGAAGAACGGUGAGGACAACGGCGACAUCGAUGACAAAGACGGAGGAGAACAAGUCCGUUUUCUCCAGUCCUUUCUCGUGUUUCUGUAUUCGGGAAACUAUCCCGAAAUGAAGAACAAAACAGUGGAAUCCCUUACCAAGGACAUUGGAGUCAUCCCCACCGUCAACACCUUCAUCGAUUGGCUUAUGGACCGAAAGUUGUACAACCCACCUCGGUCGCGCGGCGAGAUCAAUGUUCAAAUGCACUUUACUCCCAACAAUUUGGUGCGAUCGGUCUCUGGCCAAUUGGCCUUGGAACUCAAGAAAAUAUACAGGAAUGGGACAUUUGAUCUCUACAAGAAGGCUGAGGUUAUGAAGAAGAAGGGGACUCUGGGAACGACCGUCGACAUUCGGAUUCGAGAGGAAAUUUCAGCGGCUGAGAACUUUCUCCACCUUAACAAGCUCACCAACAAAAGCCGCAAGAUCGCGCCAUUCACCACUUCACAGCAACCCUUUGUAAGCUUCUCUGAACGGGAGCUUGCCUUAUUCUUUUGGAAGCGGAAGCCGUUAAGGGAGAGACUGGAAGAAUUGGGUCGCCAGGACCAUACCCAGAUAACGUCUACGACCGAUCUCGAGACAUGGAUUGGUGGGAAGGAGCCCGGGUACAUCAUAAAGCACUUCAUCUGUGACGUGGCGCCCCAAGGUCUAACGAGUCGCCAGCGGAAAAAGGCCGGUCACCGAGCAGCUGUAAGGCUGUUGUCAUUGAACGAGAUUGGAGCUCACCUGGAUGUUGUCAAGGACAAGCACCUCGACCCGUCGCAAUACAAGGAACGAGGAUACUUGUUGAGGGGUUCCAUUAGGACUGACGGUUUUCGUGUUCAGCUUCUCGCCUUUAAGCUGCGGGAACUGCAGGAUGUCCGUUAUCGACGUUUGCCAGAGAACCGUCUGCCGCCUAGAUUGACAUCCACGGUGGGAGGUACCGACUACUACCUUCAAGAGAUUCGUCACUUGAUCACAAGCAAGGAGGACAUUGAGCGGCUCUGGCCCGGGAUAAAUAUCGAGGAUAUCAGGACCUUGACCUUGGACGCAGGACAGGCUUGCGUCAUUGGAGGAUUCGCGCAUCUGCCCACCGAGUUGUCAACCGAGUCCAAAGACAAGGAGCCUGUCAAGAACGACUUACCGAUGGGAGGAGUCAUGGUCGCCAACCAACAGCCAGCAGUAGGAGCCGUUGCUCAGGAUCCAACUCUCCCUGCCACAGCACAGGAAUCAGCAACAAGCGCGCCCAUGAGAUCGCCAAGGCCGGUGUUCUUCAACCUCGCCGUCAAAAGCAAAGCGGUAUAUCAGCCCAAUUUCCAGUUCCGGAGGUGGUUGGACAACGAAAAGAAGGCGACCCCGGAUGGUGAGGACGAGUCAGUCCAUGACAUUGAGGCUAGAUUGCCUCCUCUCAAAGGACAAAAGGCAAGCGUCGUCGAUUACGUCGAAGAACUGGAGUUGAUUGAGACACGUUUGUUGGACUUUUAUUCUGGAAGCGACAAUCGAUACAACCGUCACGUUUGGGAUAUGAAGCGUGCAAGGCAUAUGGAGUUCCAAUUGAUCGCGGAUCAGCUCCUCAAGAUUGUGGGCGGCGGAAAUGGUCUCCGCUAUGAUCCUUCGAAACCAGCUCUCAUUGGCGUGGGUCUAGGUCAGUUCUCGACAAGUUCCGGGCUCUCUUCCCUCCACUCAUCCUUCCUUACUUACUUUAUCCAGAAGGCCCGGUCGCUUGGCUACGUGGUGGUAGGGCUCAACGAAUAUUAUACAAGCAAAAAGUGCCCUGGAUGCGGACUGUUUGUGGGCCAGGUCGACAUCCGACGUUUCUACUGCUCAAAGUGUCAAGUCUACCACCACCGCGAUGUCAUGGCGGCAGAGAACAUGGCAAAUAUUAUCCAAGAGUACCUUGUGCGGCAGGAGCGUCCGGAUUACCUCCACCCGGUUGCUGAGGACGGCUCCCUCCCUUGGAAGGCGAAGCGCGAUGAUGGGUCAAGCUCGAGCUCGAGCUCGAGCACCGCCACGGCUAGCAACGCCAUCAGCAGUACAAGUGUCCAAGGACGUCGUAAGAGGGCUUCAACUACCUCAACGCCAGAGCAGGAACAAUCCCAAAAGUCCUCCAAGUCGUCCAAGUUGGCCAAGGCGUCCAAGGCGUCCAAAUCAUAG